UUACGCACAGGUGGGAGAUGCCCGCUCAGCAUAGGACAGCCCCCCUCUCUGCUCCUCAGCGGAUGAUGUGAGGAAGUGACAUUUUUUUUCUCACCGCUGCGGUUCGGGACAGCACUGGCUCUCUCUCUGCAAACAGGUGUGCUGCUGCUGCUGCUGCUGCUGUCCGGGUCACUUCUGCUGAGAAUCCACGGGGAGCACAGCGUCCCAGAACCUGAAACCAAGCCCUCCAGGACGCGGGACAGCGGUGGACCAGAGAGGAGGAACAUCGACCCGUUCAAGUGUGUUCUUUAUUAGCCAGGGCUGUUUGAACGGGUUCAGACAGACAGAGAGAGAGGGAGCGCGAGAGAGAGCAAGAGAGAGAGAGAGAGAGAGAGAGAUGGCAACGAAAAAGGCGUGCGUGGAUGUCUCAAAAAGGAGCCGGAGUCCGGUCGUGUUGGAGGCGGAGAUGUUCAGUGAAUUUCAGGACUGGUGUCUCCGGACUUAUGGAGACUCCGGUAAAACAAAGACGGUAACCCGGCGAAAAUACAAUAAAAUCAUGCAGACACUGUUGCAGAACGACGAGUCGGACGGCGUCUACGUCGACAACAGCCACAUCAACGCCAAAUUCAAAUUUUGGGUGAAGUCCAAAGGAUUUCAGGUCGGGACCAACGUUCUGGGAGAGCACAACAAGAAAGGGGCUCCAGGGAAACCCGUCCUAUAUGUACCGGUCAAGUCAACGUGUUCGGAUGGGAAUUCGGCCCAAGACAACUCCUCCCUGAAGCGUGUAGCUGUGGUUGAAGACUUCUUUGACAUCAUCUAUGCCAUGCAUGUGGAGAUGGGUGCCGACCCCGGCAGAGCACCCAAACACGCAGGCCAAAAGAAGACCUACAAAGCGAUAGCUGAGACCUACGCCUUCCUGCCCAGAGAGGCGGUGACGCGGUUCCUAAUGAGCUGUGGAGAGUGUCAGAAGAGGAUGCACAUCAACCCCAGCACUGCAGAGUUCAAAGAAAAUGACAGACCAACUUCUUUGGCCCCAGACCUCAUUGAUUACAAUAUGCCACUUACUGCCACCUACCUGAAACAAAUGAAACUGCAGUGCAUGACAACCACAGAAAGGGAUGACAGUUCGGAGAGCAGCGAGGAAAUGAACACCACUGAACCCACGUGGGUCGCAGCCGAGCAGCCCCCAGUGCCUGAGCCCAGUCCACCUAACGGAGAGCGAGUCAGCAACACAACAGCUGCCAUUAAAGAAGAGGACGAUGACGACUCCUCGGAAAGCGGCAGUGCCAACGGGUUGCCGGCCCUGACCUCGCCGGAGGUACUGGCCGCCAGUGGGAACCCCCCAGAUGGCGGGGCCCCUUAUGGGGAGGUGACGGAGAACGGCUUGAGCGCUCCCCUGGACUUCAGCGCCACCUCGUCCUCGUCGUCCUCAGAGGAUCAGCAGCCGGUCAAUCUGAGUGACAGACUGUUGCCUGUGGGAAGCUCGCUGUCCAACACCUACCCUGCAGACACAAACAGGAAGUACCCCAUCAAAACAGAGUACGCCAACAAGUCGCCUCCUUACAGCUCAGGAAGCUAUGACUCUGUGAAAACUGAACUGAGCAUGAGUGUGGAGGACUUGACCUCUGCUCGGGCGCAGAUAAUCGAUGAAGAUGAUGAUGAUCAUGACGACCACGAUGACAGCGACAAGAUUAAUGAUGCUGAGGGUAUGGACCCGGAGAGACUUAAAGCCUUCAAUAUGUUUGUGCGUCUGUUUGUGGAUGAGAAUCUGGACCGCAUGGUGCCCAUCUCCAAACAGCCCAAGGAGAAGAUCCAGGCCAUUAUCGAAUCCUGUAGCCGUCAGUUCCCAGAGUUCCAGGAGCGCUCCCGCAAGCGCAUCCGCACCUACCUCAAAUCCUGUCGCCGUAUGAAAAAAGGAGGUUUUGAGAUACGACCAACACCUCCUCACCUCACCUCUGCCAUGGCUGAGAACAUCCUUGCUGCCGCCUGCGAGAGUGAGACCAGAAACGCUGCCAAGAGGAUGCGGCUCGAUGUCUACCAGGCGACGGAUGAGCCAGUGUCUGUUGACAAGGCCAACUCGAAGGACCCAACCUCCGUGUCCCAGACAGCGUUUUGUAUUUCCAGCGCAGCUUUUGCCCAGGACCAGCUCUACACCAACGGAGGCCUCAACUACAACCUGCGAGGAUAUGGGACAGUCGCCAGCAACCAGCAGAACUCUGGAGCUGCACAAACCAACGGUCCCACAGAUCUGAGUAUGAAGUCCGUCUGCCCAAACUCCACCUCCAGCGCCAACAGUCACGGUCAGGGAGGUGGUGGCGGGGGAGCGUCAGCUCAGCUCAGCCCUCCAGAGGUCACAGCAGUGAGACAGCUUAUCGCUGGGUACCGGGAGUCUGCGGCCUUCCUCCUGCGCUCAGCAGAUGAGCUGGAAAACCUGAUCCUGCAGCAGAACUGAGUCUGAACCAAACCGUGCCAACACCCUCUCCUUUAGCCUGUCCAUCCCUGUCGCCCUCAGUCACACAUACUUGGGCAGACUUUCAUUAUACAAAGACACAAAUAUACCCACGUGAUACUGCAGUGCUACAGUGAUACUGUAGGUAUGGCACCUUUACUUUUCUCCCUCAUGUUUAUUAUGUAUUUGGACAGGCCAGAACAUAUCACAGGCUGAAAAAUGUUUAUUUAUGCAUUUGGUUCACUUUGACCUUAGUGCCCUCUUCUCUGUAGCCAUUCAUUCCAUUCAUUUUCCUUUUACCACCUCAACCUCCAUUUGUCUCAGGAAGUGAAGAUCUAUGUGAAAAAAAAGGUAAAAAAAAAUCAAAUCAGCAUUGGUGUACAAGGAAGUAGCAGAGGUGUGCGGUUAGCUGUGUCCAUAACGCCACGCUGGCUCAUUUGUGUAGAUUUCUGGACAAAUUAAUAUUGAAAAUAGCAGUGAUUUGGUGUCAGUAUCUUGUCUCUGUUUUUGACACAAAUGUAAAAUAUCCUGUGCAGUGGCAUGAUUUGGUCCUGUCUUCUGAAUCAAGUCUUUUUUAUAACAUCGGUAACUCAAAAUUCAUCUCUUGUCAUGGAAAAAUUUGCUUAGUCGAAGUCGCUGCUAAAUCCACUGUCUUGUGAGCCUUAAUGGAUUCUUGUGUCUGUACCUCAGUUGUGUGGAUCGCGUUCCAGAUUUGUAGGCAUGCGGUUACUGAGAGUCAAAGUCUCGUUGCCCAGUGUGAUCUGAUAUUCAGUUAUAUUUAUUUGAAACACGGACAUCAUUUGUCGACUAUUUGUCACUGAUAAAAAAAAAAAUGUGGGAUUUUUUAAGACACCUUGAUAUGCAAAUCGAGGUCACAGACUUCUGUCAGGGACGAGCAGGAGAUGACUUUAAAAAGUGGAUAAAAAAAAAGAAAAGGUGCAAUAUUGAAGAUAAUCAGUUACGUGUGUCUGCUUACUGGAAUGACAAGGCAUUUUGAAGGCGUUUUAACCCAAACCCUCCGUCUGCUGUAAUUGUCAAGUUGUUAAAAAAAAAGAAAUAAUAUCCCAUGCAGCAUUGUAGCCUCUUUCAAUGUUGUUGUUUAUUGUGGACGCCGAUCUUUAUCGCUAACCUCAUAACUGAGGCACUUGGAUCAGUCGCCUGUGGAGUGACGUUAAAAGGAAAUGGGACCUGGCAGAAAAAUGAGACUUAAUGUUGCACGUCUUUCUUUCUUUCUUUCUUUUUUUUAACUUUAAAGUGACUUUUGUGAAGGUUGUUGUGCAAGUGUUAAAAGUGCACACAGAGCUCACACGCAUCCAUGGCAUGAAGGCAUAUAACGUCCAUGUGGCUUUUGCGGGAAGCAGUGUGAGUCGGUGUGGGCUGCUCAGAUAAAAGAAACUCUACUGUCUGUCUGUCUGUCCAUUGGUCCAUCAGUCCACCUUUAUUGUCCCCUCUGUGUCAAACCGUCUCCCUCUCUCCCAUCUCCACUGUUCUCAUUGACCUUGUGUCUGAAAUCACACUGUUUCAAAAAGAAAAAAAAGAAGCAAGAGACAAUCUUUGAAAAAGAUGUAAGCGCAUCACAGUUUACUCGCCCGGCUUUCUGCUUUUGUGACUGAGUGUGUGUGUGUUUAUGUACUGUAUAUAUAUGUGUGUGUGUGUGUGUGUGGACUGAGGGCACACAAAGAGUACUCAAAGCAAAUCUAGAGCACAGUCUCACAACAGACAUUUUUAAGGGUGAGUCACUCGGCACAAAAAAAACACUUGUGUAAGUGUGUGUUUCUGUGUGUGUGUGUGUGUGUGUGUGUGUGUGUGUGUGUGUGUGUGGGGUAUUAUCUUUUUUUUGUUUUGUUGUAAGCUUUGGUAUUGUCAGUAUCAGUAUGUCGAUUGUCCCCUUUGUGUGUACGUGGAGUGACACUGUUUUUACAACAUCAGUCUGCGAUGAUUUGAUUCAGUCGGCUGAAACAUUCCAAACAAGGACAAUGACUCUUCGAGCGGCCACCAGCGGCUCGCACCUUAUGGAUUUGUCAAAGUUUAGAGAGAUAUAUUUCUGUAUUUAUUUUCACAAAUCUAUCAUAUUUUAUCACAAGUCAGUUUUUAUUUCAGAGUCGCCCGCCGCCAUAGGACCAGGCUGCUCUCACGUCAGAGUUAGAUUCAUCCUUCAAAAUAACCAUUUUACAUUUUUAUUACCACAUGUCAAGAUUGGGCUGCAUUUAUGUUUAAAUUCUCUUAUCUAUUGCAAGUUUGGAAGCACUUUAUAGCUCAGGACUAAGGUAACAUAACAUAGUGAUGUAAGUUUGUCUUUACCUCAUUUUGGAACAUCAGCUUCAAAGGAAAAAACUUAUUUUAGAUUAUUACAACUUUCAGCACGACUCCAUUCUUCUUUGACUGGUGCUCAUCGGUUUGCAUGGUCCAUGUGAGGGAUGUUAUCAUGAAGGAGACCCAGACAAACCAGGUUUUUACUGAGAAAGCCUUUCCUUUCCUUAUCCUUUACCUCAGGAUUUUAGCAGGAUGAAGCUGGUCUGGAGCAAACGUCUAGUUUUAUUUAAUGAGGUUGACCUCAUACAUAAAGUCAAAGUGUGGAGAAAAGGAUGUGUAGGGAGUGUU